AUGUCAGAUGAAGAGAAUAGUGGUGAAGAUAUGAACUUUAAUGCAUUGGUAGGAAAUAUAUUGAACAAUCAUGAGGAAGUUCAUGCUGGGAGCAAUGUUCUCUCGACAGAGCAUCUCGAAGAUAUACACAAUGACGAUAGCCAUCCCAUUGUUAAAUUAACCAUGGACCAUGAACUUCCUGAUUUUGGUACUGAAGAUAUGGAUUUAGAGGCAGUUGUGAAUGCUAUACAUAAUUUUAACGAGAAUACAGAUGACAUAACUGAACAUCAUGAGGAACAAAGUGCAGAAAAAGAGGAUAUAGAGAGUCGAAAUGAAAAUCAACAAUGGGCACACGCGCUGCAGCAAAGUCUUUUACAAGCCACAACGAGUAAUCAUUCUACGACUAAAGGUCAUAUAAUAGUGGAUGAUGAGUUAGACCAAGAUGAUAUGAAUUUGAGAAAUGCUAUUUUAGAUUCUUUACAGCAGUUGGAUAAAGAGAAACCAAUACAAAAAAGAAAAUCUAAGGCGAAGGAGGCAGAAGACACACAAAAAUCUAAGUCAGGGACGAAACAGAAAAUGGAUCAAACAGAAACGCCGAAAUCUACGGAAGAACUACCUUCAGAUACCAGUAAAAAACACCAAAGAAGAAGAAAGAACGAACAAAGAAUAAAAACGUCUAAUUCAACUAACAAAAUAAAAUCCAAGAAAUCGAAAAAGAAAUCUGACAGAGUUGAAGAUGACUCUUUGUUAAAUUUUGAAGAUGUCAUUAAGGGUUUCAUGCAACAAGAUGAUAAUACUGGAAAGAAAUUGGAUAUGGAAUCUGGUGAUCUAGAGACACAGGCACUGGUUGAAGCAACUCUAAAAGCAUUUGAAAAAGAGUUAAUGGACUCACAAACUACAAAAACUCCCACAGAACAGAAAAAAGCUACGAAUAAAAAGAAAGCUAUAAGUUCUGCUAAAAUUGCCACAACUACAAAUAAGCGGAAAACAGUUACAAAAAAGGCGUCAACUACAAAAGCAAAAGCUUCCCUUACUAACAAGAAGGAACCUGCUACUUUAAAUAAGAAGAAGAGUAAGGAUAAGAAACCUGAAGAAAUAUCCUAUGGUGACGAUGAUUUUUCAAAAGCAUUGGCAGAAAUGGUAAAUCAAGUCGUCAAUACGUCAAUAUCAGAUAAAACCAAUAAACAAACUAAUCGGCAGACAGAUGUUAUACCGCCAAUCACGGCCAUUGAUAAUAAGAAUAAACAACCUGAAUUACAAGAUAUAGAUCAAGCUGGAGAUGAGAAUUUUGAUCUGAAUCAAAUUAUGCAAAGAGCUUUAGCGAUGGCAUUCCAAGAACAAACACAACAGGAUGUUGAUCAAUCUGUAGUAGAUGAUUUUAAUAGAGGUUUGGAUAGCUUUGGUGUAUCAGAUAUUUUAGUUCCGUCAAAAGCAACCUCAGAAAAGAAGAAAUCUAAUCUUAAAAAGAAAGUUUCUAAAUCUAAAUCAAUAAAUUAUAUGGUAAAACCUAAGAAAAUUUCGAAAUCUAAAUUAUUGAAAAAGAAAUCUAAAUCAAGUAUGCUGCCAAAGGUCCCCAAAGAAAAAAAGGUUAAAGUACCGAAAACAACUAAAGUUAGACAUACAAAAGUUCAACUACCGUUCAAGUUUCCAAAACCAUCAAAACAUAAAAAAAAUGAUUCUCAUUUAAAAAGAAGGUUAUAUAGGAAAUUAGCAAUUGAAGCAGCAAAUGUAGCUCGUCAAAAACUUCGUGAAAAUAAACAUGCUUACAAAGAAAGAUUAAAAUCUGAACAGAAAAAAGUAUCUGAACAACGUAAAUUAAGAAAGGUAGAAGAGAAAGAGAAUUUAGAGAAAGAAAGAAAGGAACUGGAAGAGAUAGUUUCAAAGGGUCCUCCAUAUCCUGCCGAUCUAAGAUUAACCAAACGUGGUGAGCCGAAGAAACCUUAUAGAAGAUGGACACCUGAAGAAAUGGCUAUAAGGGCACAAAUGCCACUGGAAGAACCCAAAAGACCAAAGAAAAUAAAGAAACCAAAGAAGAAAAGCAAAAAAUUGAAAAAAAUUCCACUAUCUACAUUAAGAAAAAUACCAUUGUUUAAUAUAUCUAAAGGUAAUGGAGCUGUCACUUCAGAUUCGGUAACAUCAAGACAAUAUGCUCCAUUAAGUAAAUAUAGAAUGGAGCUUAAUAAGCUAGCCCCCCCCUCUUCAAACUUAUCAAAUGAGUUGGACACUGGAAACUUAAAUUCUAUCGAAAUAUAUAAAUCAAGAGUCGUUCAAGAAAAAUUAUUGUUAUUCGACCCUUCUGUUAAGACUAUUGUUAGAAAAGAAAAGUGGGCAUUCCAUCCACCAUGGUCGUUACCAGAGCAUCCACCACACGCACUUCCAGUAGCAAGAAGGAAGGGAAAGACAUAUAUUGAGAAAUUAAAGGACUCUAAGAAAAAAUCUAAAGCGAAAAAAUCCUUUAAAAACUUGAGAAAUUCAUUAACAAAUAAUGCAAGAAAUAAUAUUAUUCCUGCAAUAUUGUUCCCAAUAAUCAAUACUUUAAAAUCAGCUGCGAGAGCGAAAGUUGCUGCAGGUGCAUCGCCUGAAGAGGCUACGAGGCAUAUGAUGACCAUCAUCCAACAUACUAAACGUUCGAUUGCGCAUUCGUUAGCUCUUUCAAGAAGGAAUGCAGCACAUGAUUAUACUACCUUUAAAAGCGAAGACGAUAUUAUAUCAUCUCAUAAUAAACAAAGUUUAUUAAAGAAAAUUCCAAUAUUCAGCCUAAGUUCCAUACGAAAAAUAAAUACUGCUGAAACGACACCUCCAACAAUUAUUAAAUUAGAGCAUAACGAGGAUUUAGAAAAAGCAAAAUUACGAGAAACUGGUAAAGACUUAAACAAUUCACUUGUCAGUACGACCUCCCCUUCAGAUCACAAUAUAGGAAAGACUAUCAGUCAAUUUUCUACACCAAAAUCUAAUGAUGUGACAUCAAAAGGUGACACUGUAUAUGAUACAAACAAUACCAGCCCGUCAUUGCUACCAGAGGAUUUGACAUCUACUUCUAGCAUAAAAUCAUCAGAUAUAUUGCACAUCGAUCCACUAUUAGCAAAUAUUUCAACAACGGAACAUACCUCUGAUGACGAAGAGAAACCUUCAUUAGACGUACAAUCACAACCUACCAAUCCUGUAUCUGUAGAAAAGGAGCAGCUGAUAUUACAAGCUAAUGAACCAAUCUCAGAUAAUGCUGUGAGGGAACCAAAUGCAUAUAAUAAAAAUAAUUUUGACGAGACUGACCUCACUAUAACCAGAGUUAUUCAAUCAUCAAAAGCGACUCCUGCAAUUGUUAAAAUUGAACCAAAACAGGAGUCUAGUUAUGAACCCGAUAAUAUGACCAAAAUGGUUGAAUCACUAAUUCAAAAACAUAUUGAUAAGUCGAACAAUGUCGAAAACGAUGUUGUUUUACCGAGUCACAUCACUAAUAUGAUUUCCUCCACAAUUUCAACAUUAUUACCUGCUUUAGACGAUAGUAAUGAUAAAGAUCAUGGGAGAAGAGCAUACACAAAACCACCCCCACCUGUAUUGAAUUUAGAUGGUUUGGUUCCACCAUCAGGAGUAGCUGGACCUGUGGUUCAAAGGCCGCCUUUGACCAAGAUAAUUAAACCAGAGCUUGGUCUUGAUACAGAUGAUAUUAGACAGAGUCGUUCACUUGGAUUUAAAAAGAAGGCUAGUUCUGAACAACCAAAAGAGUUAAGUGCUAUUAAAUUUAAUAUUCCUAAGAAUAUUGGUAAUAAGAGAUCUGGUGCUGUGAAAUAUGCAAGGCUAUAUUUGAACAAACAGGAUAUGUCCACCCUGACAAAAGAAAUAAAUAAGGAACGUAAAAGAAAAUGGAGAAGUGCAAAUAUUGUAAAAAAUUGGGAGAAUGAUGUUAGAGCAAGAUUGAAAAAGAGGUCAAAAAUUGAGUUAAUUGAUCUUACAGAUGAACAAAAAACUAAUUGGGUCAAUAACGAAUUUCAGAAAAGGAAAACAGAGUUUAUGAUUAAGAAUGAAGAUUCUGCAGAUUCAACUUCAGACUUAUCAUUUAGUAGUGGAAGUAAUGGUUCCUCCAACAUAACAGAAAAUGAAGUUCUUAAUAUGAUAGCCAAUAUUUUAAAGAGAGAAGAUAUUGCCCAUAAAAUUGAACAGAAUUUAAUUGAUGAUAUGGACAAGGCAGUUACAAGUAAAACAAAGAGAAGAAAAUUAGAUGACAAAAAUACUCAAAAUAUAAACACAACGUUAGUCUAA